GGCAGCCAUUGAAGCUCUGGCAGCUUUGCUGAAAUCAAAAUCUAACAGCCGACGGGCAGUAAACAGAGGCUACCUGGGUGGAUUGUUGAGACUCUAUCAGGACUGGCAUCACAACGAUGUCUCCAACAACUACAUUUAUAUUCGUAGGGGUCUCCUGCUCUGCUUAAAGCACAUCACCAAUGUCCAGCUGGGCAGGGACACUUUCCUUGGUUCCCGGGGUAUGGAGAUUCUUUUUACAAGCAUACAGGACUGUUUAUCUUGCAAAAAUCUGGAUCCUAUCAUAACAACUGUGAUUCAGAUUCUGAGAAAAUGCUACCCCAAGGAGUCUUUGCCCAUGGCAACAGUAAGAAGUUCCUAUUUCUUCCCUCUUCCUGGGAAUGCCAAGUCUGAACCUCCAUGUGAGGGAUCUGAAGGUGACUCUGAAAGUGAUGGAGAGGAAGAGGCUGAAAAAGACCUGGAUAACGAGGAUGUGGAGAGUAAGGAGGAAGAUUAUGACUUGGAGACAGACGUGAACAAACUGAGAUCAAGGCCAAUGCCUGACCGGCCAGAGGAAGAGCUUGGACAAUAUGAAGCACUGUGUCCGGAACUUUCCCAUAAUUUUCAGGAGCUUGACUCAGAGUCUGAGGAAGAGACAAGCUUAGAGGACAGGGUUGAGAGUCUUCCCUAUACUCCUCACUUCAUUCCAAGUGCUGCUUCUAUGAAACAACCAAACUACAGGUGGAGAAACCAAAGUAUCACAGGGAAGGGACCAGAUUCAGGGGAAAAGGAUUUCAAAGUCCCACUACAGAGCUGGAAAAGGAAGGAGGAAUGCAGAUGGGAUCAGACUGAUGAGAAGAGAGACAUUGCAGGAGCAGCCCAAGAUGCAGACUCCUGUCAAGAGGAAGAUCCAGCUGGGAGUCAUGGGUUUGCUUUGCGUCCUCUCCCAAAAGAUGCUGCUUGGUACAAAAAAAUGUUUUACCCUCAAUGUGAGGCCUCAAAGAAUCCUAAUCAUGGAGGGAGGCUGGAGAGCUCAGACACAGUAACAAAUCUUCUGGAGAAACAUCAAGUGGAUAUCCCAUUCCACAGCCCUCACUUCUACAUAGCUAGGGCCAAAUGUGUGAAGUCUGUACCUGACUUCAAAGACAUGGCAUUCCCUGAUUUCUGGGGUCAUCAGCCACCUCCUUACAGCAAGCCCAUGUUGGAGCGCAAGCAUGGGGUUCAAAGGGACAAAGUACUAGAUGACAUUCGCCGCUUAAUCCAGCCGAGUGAUGUUAUAGGCAGAACUGUUUUUGAUUUAGAUGAGCCCAGUCACUCCAAACCAGGUGCUCCAGGUUGUCUGACGUUCUUCUCCAAGUUUGAAUCGGGAAACCUUCGCAAAGCCAUCCAAGUGCGCGAGUUUGAAUAUGACUUAAUUAUGAAUGCAGAUGUGAACAGCAACCAGCAUCACCAAUGGUUCUACUUUGAAGUCCGUGACAUGAAAUUAGCAGUUCCCUAUCGUUUCAACAUUAUCAACUGUGAGAAGUUCAAUAGCCAAUUUAAUUACGGCAUGCAGCUGGUCAUGUACUCGGUGAAGGAAGCUCUCCAGGGCAGGCCUCGCUGGCUUCGGGUGGGCCAUGAUAUCUGCUACUACAAAAACCACUACCGCUGCAGUGCAGCUGCAGGACAAGGUGCGAGAGGAAAAUUCUACUACACACUCACCUUCAACAUCAAGUUCCCUCACAAAGAUGAUGUCUGCUACCUGUCCUACCAUUACCCCUAUACCUACUCUACAAUGAUGUCCCAUCUUGAUAUCCUGCAACAAAACAGGAACCCCAAGAAGGUUUACUGGAGGCAGCAGACACUCUGCCAGACUCUAGGAGGAAAUCGAUGCCCUUUGCUCACAAUCACUGCCAUGCCAGAAUCUAAAAAAAGAGAUGACUUGGAGCAAUUCUGCAAUCGUCCUUAUGUGUUUCUAAUGGCCCGUGUUCACCCUGGUGAAAGCAAUGCCAGCUGGGUAAUGAAGGGGACCCUGGAAUUCCUUGUGAGCAGUGAUCCCAUUGCUGAUCUCCUGCGGAAGUGUUUCAUUUUCAAGAUUGUACCCAUGCUUAAUCCUGAUGGAGUCAUCAAUGGCAACCAUCGUUGUUCGUUGAGUGGGGAUGAUCUGAACAGACAGUGGUUGACACCCAAUUCCCAGCUCCACCCUACUAUUUACCAUGCUAAAGGUCUUCUCUAUUACCUGCGCAGCAUUGGCCGAGCUCCUCUGGUAUUCUGUGACUACCAUGGACACUCCCAGAAAAAGAAUGUAUUUCUUUAUGGCUGCAGCAUCAAGGAGACCUUGUGGCAAGCAGGCUGCAUGGUUGACACAGCAGUUAUCACAGAAGAUGUUGGCUACAGGACUCUUCCUAAAAUCCUGGAUAAAGUGGCCCCUGCAUUUGUCAUGAACAGCUGCAGUUUCCUGGUGGAGAAGUCCCGGGAGUCAACUGCCCGGGUGGUGGUAUGGAAGGAAAUGGGUGUGCUGAGGAGCUACACCAUGGAAAGCACAUACUGCAGCUGCAGCCAUGGGCUCUACAAGGGCCUGCAGCUGGGAACUCAAGAGCUGGAGGAGAUGGGAAGCAAGUUUUGCCUUGGUUUGCUCAUUCUGCACCUCAAAUCCCUGCCCUGCAGCAAGAAGGUGAUGGCUCAGGCAGCACUCCUGCUAGAUCUGGAGGAGGAGAUGACAGACCGGGCCCAAAGGGCUUUCUCAGCUUCAUCAAUGAAAAGCGAGUUUUUCAGUUGCAGAAAUGCUCCCAUAAUUUACAGCAGGCUUCCAGUCUUCCCCCUGCAGGAAUACUUAACUGACAUUACCACCACCUGUUCCUCAUGCUGA